AUGAAGACUGGAGCAAAUCUAGUUAUAACUGUACCAAAUAAAAAGGAGAUUGUUUACAGGCUAAGAAGAGGAAACAUGAGCAAUGAUCUAUAUUCUAUCAAACCAAUCCAUGGGCUGAUGCAGAUCAUUGAUUCCGAGACAGAAUAUGAGGAGAAGACGCUAUUCAAACAGGCCUAUUUGUUCGAGUUAAAGGAUGCAAUAAACAACUGCGAGGAGUAUUUGGUUGAUGAUCGGACGCUGUUGAGCGUGUUCAGAGCGAAGAAUCUGGUUCCAAUAGAGAAUUUCACAGCAGAAAACUAUGCUCGAAUUCACGAUCGUAGAAACAAAAACGGAAUAGAUUUGGACCAGGAAAGGAGAUCCCUAAGUGAUCAGGAGCGAGAAGUGGUGGAUUUGUACCAGAUUUACGUGUUUAGGAAGGUGGCCUAG